GUCAGCUUACUAACUGAGUAAGCAUAGGUGGGGCUUUUUUUCAGUAGGCUUCCCUGAAAACGCAAACGCAUACAGUAUAAUUGGUGUGUGUGUGUGUGUGUGAAGAAAGCUCAAAUUCAGCAAGAACAGACACGCUUUGGAAUUUUAUUCCUCUGCCUACUCCCUACGUUGUUGCGGGCUCAAGGUUUGAACUGUCUAAACGUUUAUUUAGCAGCACAAAGACAAAGCCACAGGAAAAAAACCCAGCAAGGUUGGGAAAUGAGGUCGUCUGUUCACAAAGCAACUUCAGUUCUGUUACUCGCAUGCAACUGUGGAAAUGAUGUGGAGUGUGUUCUACAGAACAUCAGGAAGAAUCGAUUUCUACAUCAGUAAGUGGAGCAACCAGAUCAAAGCUUUAACCUGAGAAACGUUCUUUGUGUACAAUGAGACGGUUAGUCUUGGCUUGGUCUGGCUACGUGACUUGCUUGCUACAAUACUUGGACGAAAAUAAUUCUUCGAUAUCUACCGACAAAAUGCUUUUUAAUAAUGGGGCCAUCGAGGUUUAAAGCCAGGCACAGAUGAAAGCACCCAAAGACUGGAUUUACAAAGCACCUGAAAGUGUGGCUGCGACUACAAUACAAUAAAAGAAGGUACAGCUUUACUUUUGAAACUCUAUGAGUGGAAAUAAAACUGCUAUCAUAAUGCUAAAAAACAUCAAUUGUUCUACAGAAGACUCUUUUAAAUACACUCUGUAUGGAUAUAUGUUUAGCAUGGUAUUUGUCCUUGGCUUAAUUUCCAAUUGUGCUGCUAUAUACAUUUUCACCUGUACAUUAAAAGUACGGAAUGAAACAACAACCUACAUGCUGAAUUUAGCCAUAUCAGACCUACUUUUUGUGUUUACAUUACCCUUCAGAGUUUACUACUUUGCUUCCAAAGACUGGCCAUUUGGAGACGUACUCUGCAAGAUUUCUGUCACACUGUUUUAUAUAAACAUGUAUGGAAGCAUUUUCUUUUUGACCAGCAUAAGCGUUGACCGCUUUUUAGCAAUUGUAUAUCCGUUUCGGUCCAAGACCAUUCGAACAAAAAGAAAUGCAAAGAUCGCCUGCAUUGCAAUCUGGACAAUUGUGAUAGUGGGAAGUAUACCUGCAAGCUUAUUUCAAUCCACCAACUCUCAUGUCAACACAAAAGGACAAACACACAAUGCGUGCUUUGAAAAUUUUUCUGAAGCAACUUGGAAAACCUAUAUUUCAAGGAUUGUUAUCUUCAUUGAAAUUGUGGGAUUUUUCAUUCCACUUAUACUAAAUGUGACUUGUUCCACAUUGGUUCUAAGGACUUUGAACAAACCGCUGACACUCAGUCGGAAUACAUUAAGCAAAAAGAAGGUUCUUAGGAUGAUUUUUGUUCAUUUGUUGAUAUUCUGUUUCUGCUUUGUGCCAUACAACAUUACUCUAAUCCUUUAUUCUCUCAUGAGGACACAAACAUGGGAUAAUUGUUCAGUAGUUGCCGCUGUGAGAACUAUGUACCCGAUCACACUAUGUAUUGCAAUAUCAAACUGUUGUUUUGACCCUAUAGUUUACUAUUUCACUUCGGACACAAUUCAAAAUUCAAUCAAAAUAAAGAGCUGGUCAACCAGAAAACAUGGUUACAGAUCAUCCAAACCACAAGCUUCAGAUAAAUUCAUUCAACAUGGACUCCAGACCUUACAAGCAAGAACUGAGAAUGAAUCUACAAUAUAAAUGGAAGUGAAAGAAUCUGGGAACAAAAACGGAACAUUUAAGGAAUAUUUUUGUAUAAAAAUAUGCUUUUUAUAAAGAUACACAAAUUAGAAUGAGUAAAGUCAUUUUAACAGUAACAAA